AUGUCUAGUGAAUAUGGUGCAUUGGAUGUGAAUGUGAAUUUGCCGAAGAGAGCAGUAAGCAACACUAUAGAGUUGCCGCUGUUUUUGAACAUGGUCGCAAUAUCAUUAAGCGGAGCUGCAUUAGGAAAUAUAAUUUUAUACCGAUCUUGCGUCCACGCGCUAAAUUUUCCGGAAGAGGAAUGCCGGCCAUUUCUUUCGCCGGUAAAAAAUAAUGAGACCAAUCAUUUAGAGGCUGAUGUUCAAAGAUAUGCCACAUUUGUAUCAACUGUGAAAAUGGUGUUGGAAGCCGUUGUACCGGCCUUCCUCUCGUUCUUCCUUGGAGCGUGGUCGGACACGUAUGGCAGGAAGCCUCUUAUGGUCUGGUCACUUUUAGGUUCAGCAAUAACGAGUAUGCUACUUGUUAUAUUUGGCUUGAUGGAUAACCUCGGUCCUUGGUGGUAUAUUGCGACAGUAAUACCAUUUUCUUUGACCGGUGGUUAUGUGGUUCUUUUCACGGGGGCGUAUUGCUACGUCAGUGACACCAGUACCAAGGAGAACACAUCUUUAAGGAUGACAAUGGUGGACGCGACUGCAUCAUCGGGCAGUGUGAUUGGUUCCAUAUUAAGUUCUUAUUUGAUACUAUCCAUUGGAAACGUGUACCUUCUACUUUUAACGUCUACUUUGAACGUAUUCUCGUAUGCAUUUACUAACGUCUACAUAAAAGAGUCCUUAAAUGGUGCCUUACAGGGCGGAUCGUGGAGAGUGUUAGACCUACUAUUAGUUAAGGACAUGUUUAGAGAAUGCUUUAAACAUCGUCCUGAUCACAGGAGAACGCAAAUUAUUUUAAUUUCAAUUACGAAAUUUCUCCUAAUAAUUGUGUUGUAUGGUACAAGCUCUUUAGAAUAUUUAUUCACACGAACACAAUUGCAUUGGUCAUUACAAGACUUUACUAAAUACUCAGCUCUAAGUACGUCAUUAUCUUUCGUCGGAGGAUUCUUCGGUAUAAUGGUUGUUCAGAAAAUCUUAGGAAUAGGAGAUAUUUCCUUCGCUAUAUUUGCGAUUCUUAGCACAGUAGCGGAAUAUGUCCUAAAGAUUUGUGCUAUAUCGUGGUGGUAUAUGUAUUUGGGUGCCCUAGUAUCCGUAUUUAAAGGGCUGUCGAGCGCAUUAACACGUUCUUACAUAAGUAAAAUCCUGCCAUCAGAAGAUGUAGCAAAAAUAUUCGCACUGGUGUGUGGAUUUGAAGGUUUCGCACCACUUUUGGCGCCAUUGAUCUAUAACUCUUUAUAUGCCGCCACUCUGGCAACACUGCCCGGCGCCAUUUAUAUACUAAGCAGUAUAUUUGCGUUGGUCUGUGUCGUAAUGUUGGGAUUCGUACAAUACUAUCAUUGGAGAGGAUCGGGAGCGCAUUAUCAACGUAUUAAUUCUGGUAUGGUACAUAAUAGUACGGGAGGUAGCAACGUUUUCGAGAAAGAAUUUUAG